UAAAAAAACUAAUCCUCUUGAAAUGUGGGAGGAUUACCAGACGUAAAUUUUACGGGAAAAAUAUGAAAUUAUAUGUUUAAUUUUAAUCGCAUAAAGGAAGUUUAGGAGGAUGUUAUCAAGUGCAGUGAAACAACAUCAGGCAAAACAACAUGCAAGGCGAGAUCGACAAGAAAAAAGGAAGAAGGAAGCCAUAGUUGCAUCAAGUGCACUCACACAUGCCCUAGUAGAUCAUCUUAAUGGAGGGGUAGCUCAAGCCUAUGUCAAUCAAAAGAAACUGGACACAGAGACCAAGAUUCUACAGGCCAAUGCCUCACAGUUUUGUCGACAGACAACGCAAUGGUUGAAGCUAGUAGACGACUUCAACACAGCUCUCAAGGAACUGGGUGAUGUGGAGAACUGGGCUAAGAGUAUAGAGACAGACAUGAGAACUAUCUCCAGUGCUUUGGAGUAUGCUUACACCAAGAGUGAAUGACUCUCAUGAAUUUUGUGACUCGCAGUGCUACUACCUAUUUCCUGUACAACAGAGAUUUUCAUCAAAUUGCAUCUACCCGGUACAUUUAAAGUGGUGAUGAUGGCUUGACAGCUAAACUAAUGCUCACAAAAUUACUGACAACGUUGUUGAACGGUGUUGUUAAAGUGAAGUACAUGUUGUGUAAGAUAUAUGUAUGUUGGUAAUUUUUCUUGAAUUUUCAAUGAUGAGAAUAAACUCGUGUGAUGUAAUACACUGUAAUGAUAUGAAGUAUUGUGAUAUGAUGUACCAGUAAUAAAAACAAAGUUCUUUGUGUCAAACAG